UUUGUAGUAAUUGAAGCCGAUCAAGAAGAAAGAAAUCCACUACUCCAUCCACUACUUCAUGGAGGAGAAGCAGCGCAACAAAAUGAAGCAGCAGCCCAACAAAAUGAAACAACAGCACAAGCAGCAGCACAAGCAGCAGCUCAAGCAGCAGCGCACCCAGUAGCGAACCCAGAAGCGCAUAGUGAAGCGCACACAGAAGCUAACCCAGAAGCUCACCCAGAAGCUCACGCAGAAGCUCAUCUAAAAGCUCACCUGGAAGCGCACCCUGAAACGCACCCAGAAUCUCACCCAGAAGCGCACCAAGAAGCGCACUUAGAAGCACACCCAAAAGGUCACCCAAAAGAGCACCCAGAAACGCACCCAGAAGCUCACCUAGAAGCGCACCAAGAAGCUCACCCCAGAAGCGCACCUAGAAGCGCACCCCGAAGCUCUCCCAGAAGCGCACCCAGAAGGGCACCAAGGAGCGCAAAUUAUUCCAUUUCAAGGAUUUGA